AUGUCGGGGUGUAAAACUCCUGCUGCAAUAGAUACAUCGAGGCGCAGCACAAAGUGGGCCAGAUCUGCGUUAACAAAGGAAGUAUUCCUACUACAAGGCGUCAGAGCAAUCACGGAUCGGCAAGGCAGCGAAGUCGAAGGAAUGCCGACCAGCAAAAGAAAGGAAAAAACUGACAUGAGGUUGAGCGGCGCAGAACAGGAGUAA